AUGAUGAGAUUUUGGCAACGUAUUCUCAUACUUUUGAUUUUUGAGAUUUCAAAACUGAGAGAUGUUACGAAAGAGUGUCGUGAACUUUUCGAGAAGAUUGUGUUUGUUUCAAAAUCCUAUCUUAAGUUGAAAAUUAAGGAUCUUAGUGAUUUAUUUUCCAAAGAGGUUCAGAUGCUUGAUAACUUUUGUGUUUCAUUGAAUAAGAAAGUUGAUGUGUUGGCUAAUGCAACAACUCAACUGGUAGAAGACAUUACAACUUUCAACAAGGAUUAUCCUGGUGAUCUCAAGUUUAAUUUUAAACAACAUGCAAAAGUGUUUGAGAAGGUUGAUAAGUAUCUUUCUGACUUUCAAGAGAAUUUUUCAAACGUUGUUCUCUCGUCUCCAUCUUCAAUUUCUAAAGAAUCCAUUUCAGCUAUGGUUUCGACCGUUGAGUCCAAUUUUAAGUUAGAAUUGGCUCAUAUCCUUGACAUGGUUCUUCGACCACCAACAAAUGCUCCAUGUCUUGUACAUGUCUUGCAAGGGGGGAAAAUAGGGUUGGUUCUUCCAAGGGAACUGGCAAAGAUAAAGGUGCGGUUGUGGGAGGAUUAUGUCUACUCAGAUACCCACAUCGAUUCCUAUGAAACCAAUAAUGUCAACAACAACAACAACAUUAAUCACGAAUGCUCCUCAUGUUAA